UGACGUGUGCGCGGCUUGGCGCGGCGCGGGCGCUGCUGUGGCUGAUCUGCUGCUCUGAUCAUCUCGGAUUGGGACUCGCUGCGAACCCCGCUGCAAACAUGUCCGACGACGAACAGCAGGAGCAGACCAUCGCCGAGGACUUGGUGGUGACCAAGUAUAAGAUGGGCGGCGACAUUGCCAACCAGGCACUGAAGUUGGUCAUCGAGGCGGCCAAGCCAGGUGUGUCUGUCCUCAGCCUGUGUGAGAAAGGCGAUGCUUACAUUAUGACAGAGACUGGCAAGGUUUUCAAGAAGGAGAAGGACAUGAAGAAAGGCAUUGCGUUCCCCACCUGCGUGUCAGUCAAUAACUGUGUAUGCCACUUCUCUCCUUUGAAGAGCGACCCUGACUACACACUUAAAGAUGGAGACUUGGUCAAAAUUGAUCUUGGAGUGCAUGUUGAUGGCUUUAUCGCCAACGUGGCCCACAGCUUUGUUAUUGGGGCUAGUAAGGAAGCACCUGUGACGGGCAGGAAAGCCGAUGUCAUCAAAGCCGCCUAUUUGUCUGCAGAGGCAGCGCUGCGUCUUGUAAAACCUGGCAACCAAAACACACAGGUGACAGAGGCAUGGAACAAGAUCGCUCAGUCGUUCAAAUGCAAUCCAAUUGAGGGUAUGCUGUCCCAUCAGUUGAAGCAGCAUGUCAUUGAUGGAGAGAAAACCAUCAUCCAAAACCCUACAGACCAGCAAAAGAAGGACCAUGAGAAAGCAGAGUUUGAGGUUCAUGAGGUGUAUGCUGUGGAUGUACUGAUCAGUACGGGAGAAGGGAAGGCAAGAGAUGGAGGCCAGAGGACUACCAUCUACAAGCGGGACCCCAGUAAACAAUAUGGACUGAAGAUGAAGACCUCCAGAAUUUUCUUCAGCGAAGUUGAAAGACGCUUUGACGCGAUGCCUUUCACUCUCAGGGCGUUUGAAGAUGAAGGUAAGGCCCGCCUUGGAGUGGUUGAGUGUGCCAAACAUGAGCUGCUGCAGCCCUUCAGCGUACUCAAUGAAAAGGAGGGAGAGUUUGUGGCUCAGUUUAAGUUCACAGUGCUGCUGAUGGCCAAUGGGCCUUUGAGAAUCACCAGUGGGCCUUUUGAGCCAGAACUCUACAAAUCUGAGCAUGACGUUCAGGAUCCUGAGCUGAAGUCUCUGAUACAGAGCUCCGCAAGUCGUAAAGCACAGAAGAAGAAGAAAAAGAAGGCUUCCAAGACUGCAGAAAAUGCUACAGGGCAGCCAGUAGAGAAUGAAGUUGCUGCAGAAUAGAUAACCUAUACCCCUAAAAACAAUACACUCACUCACAUAUACACAUGUACACAAAUGCAUAACACCUAGUACAAACUUCAAUUUGUCUUGCCCCACUCUUAACCUCUUGCCCAUUGAAAACACUGACCAAGAGUCACUCUCAGAACCUGGGUAGUGUCCUUUGGAACAACAUGAAUUUGAAUUUGGACUAAAGUGACUUUGUACUGAUUUUUCAUAUAAAUCUGUUUGCUCUUACCUUUUUGAAUCGCUUUACAUUGAAAACUGGAACACCAUACCUUUUCAAAAUGAAACAUUAAAAAAAAGAAACUAGCAGUCAUUUUGUAGUUGCGGUUUCCACCAUAUCAAUUAUUGCUCUAAUAAACAAAUGUUUUGGCCUAAUAUCUGAAUCAAAACUGUGCUAAAUUAUGGAGUGAGGACUCAUGAAGUUGUUUGGAAAAAAAUACCAAAAUGUUUUGUCAUUCCUCAGGGUUGGAAUGUUGUGAUUUCUAAGCAGAACCUCCCACUGUUAAGGACUGGUAGAUCUUUAUUUUUUUGGAUCUGGAACCUUUCUGUGGAGGACUGGAGUGCUUUCUGGGGCAUUAGAAUCAGAAUUCUGUUCACGAGAUUCCUACUUACUCCAUACUUGUGAAACUAGAUAAUUCUUAAAUGGGAACCUAUGAGAACUUUUGGGAACUGUGUUUCCCUUGUUAACUGCCAUCCCUGUCUUCUCUCAAGCCUGGCUGAGCUUUAAACCAGAGGGCAGCUUUGUCUGAUUUCAUUUCUCCUCUCAUCCUCUUUUCAUUGAUUUUUCCAAAAAAAAAAAAAGAAAAAAAAGAAAGGAUCUCUUGCUUGUCUCAUGUAAAGCUUGUAUUGGGUCAGGAAACUAGUCCCAGUUCAGUUUAAAACUGUACUCACAUGCUCUAAGUAACAUGUUGAAGCCCAUGUGAAGUUUAGUUUCACAUAAGGUAGAGUAGGUCCAGGUCCAAGUCACUGCCAAGCCACUUUCCCAGGCCUGUUUUUAUUCCAUGCACAUUCACCAGAUGCCCUUUAGGUAAUGAAUUAUAAAAAUGUGGGUUCUGUUUAGAUCGCAAGCUCUACUGGUGUCUGAGUCUGUUUUCAAACUCAGUAUGAGGAAGAUUUUUGUCUGAACAUACAGUCUUCCUGUGAAAUUGUAGGUAAGGUCAGUUGUCAGUUUUUCUCCAAUCUGAGGGGCAUCUGGUCCAUAGAGCUGCUUUCAGUAGAAGUGCUGAUCUUGCAUCUGUUUCUGUGAGGAAGGUCAUCGUAAAGAAGAGAGAAAUCUGAUCCUAGAUAGUUAGACUUCCUCUGACUUUCAAGCUUUAUGAACGGGCACAUAUAAGGUCACGACCUUAUAUGUGACUUGGAUGUUUGACAUGAAAAUGAAAUAAGAUACAGAAUCUGGCCUUUAACUCCUUGGUUGAGUAAUAAGCUAAAGGACUCCUGACUGACUUGUUCCGAAUUACUGUUCCACAGCCUUUAGCCAGUUUCCUUCAAAAAGGGCCUAGGGGAAGUGUCUGGGUUCUGAUUUAGAAUUUGGCUGAUGUAUGAACCUAGCAGGAUUAUAAUGGGCAAAUAAGGUGGCAUGUGAUGUGGCUGUGGUGAGCGGAGUCUGGUUUAGGAGUCUUUUGUUCCAUUCCCACACCCUUAUCUCAGGCGAUGCCUAAAGGCCUGACGUGGUGUGCCUGAGACUGACACAACCUUGUUUUUGUAGAAAAAACCAGCAUAUGGGACUAUUUUACAACUAAUGAAAUAAAAGGAAACUUUGAAUAUUUU